CUAAAUCACGGGUGUCAAACUGGCGGCCCUCCAGCUGUUGCCAAACUACAAGUCCCAUGAGGCAUUGCAAGAUUGACAGUAACAACUGUUGCGGAACUUCAAGUCCCAUCAUGCCUUUGCCUUUGGGAAUCAUGCUUGUAAUGGUCAGCCUUGCAAUGCCUCAUGGGACUUGUAGUUCUGCAACACCUGAAGGGCCUCCAGCUGUUGAACUACAAGUCCCAUCAUGCCUCUGCCUUUGGGAAUCAUGCUUGUAACUGUCAGUUUUGCAAUGCCUCAUGGGACUUGUAGUUCUACAACAGCUGGAGGGCCACAGUUGCCCAACCCUGUCCUAG